AUGGCCUCGACCAAGACCCGGCCCAUCGAAAAGUUUGCAAAGGCCACCUCCAAGUGCUCGUUAGAGGCGGCUGCGUACGGCAAAUGCGUGGUGGCUGAUUACAAUGCCGUGCAGAAAGACAUGUGCGCCAAGGAGUUCAUGAAACUUAAGGACUGCUUCUUGGCAGCGUCAAAGAAAGUUUAAUGGUGGCUGGGUUGCAGAAGAGCUACGUUGGUUAGGCACUUGGGCUGGUUUUGGCGGUGUCUAAGGAAAAACUUCAUUAUUGUAGAAAUCAUCAUCAUAAACAUGUGUAAUUUUAUUCAGCAAAACUCGUAAAAAACAAACAUCGUACUCUGUGGGAAUUG